UUUUGGUUGUCCACUGGCCAAGCAGAAGCAGUGUCCCUCUUUCCCUUCCUCCCUCUCCUCGCCAAUAAAUCAGUAGCCAGUCAACACACACACACACACAUACUUUCUCUUCUCUUUUGCAUUCAUCCCAGGAAACGGAAAGACACAAUCUUUUCAGUUUUUAUGAUCCUUCACUUUCUCCCCCAUAAAAUUAAUUAAAUCUCUCACUUGCGCUGCUGCUUAAUUAUCAAGUUUACAUUAUUAAUAUUAAAUAGAAAAAAAAAAAAAACCAAACAUCCUCCUCCUAGUUUGUUCACAAUGGCGGGCAUAGCAAUAGUGUUAGAUCUGUUGUCAAGGAAAAACCCUUCUUCUUAUCCAACCCACUUCUCGGCCUCCGCUGCCGCCGCCUCCAUCGCCGCCUCCGCCGCCCCUUUUGCUUCUAGGUUCCUGUUCGGUCAACCCAUGAUACCAGUUGCUUACUGUGAUGCUGGUGCAGCAUUGUCUGGUGACUAUAUUUCUAGUAUACGAAGAGCAUCUGCAGAUAUUUUUCAGAAAGGCUCUCUGAAAUACACUACCAAGGAGUAUUAUAUUGAGUUGAAACCUCUGUUUUCAGCUUUUGAAUGGAAGCAACUUGCUAUGACAUCCUUGAGGUCAUUUUUGAUGUUCUAUUUACCUCUUCUGGAGCCUAGUACUAAUACAGAAGAGGAUGAUGAUGACUUCCUUCAGGAUGCUCAUGAAGUGCAACGUGUAGACUUGGUUGUUCCCUUCCAAAAAUCAGUGAAGCAAAUUAUUCGUGAGACUACUGUUGUAACUACAAGACGCAUUUUAGAAAGACUUGCUGUCCAUCACAUUUCACAGCGGAUGGCAUGGAAACUUUUGAAAGAUGUUCCUAAAUCAGCCAUCCGCAAGGCUGAAAGAGGAAUGCCCACUAUGGUUUACUUCUUCAGAGUUUGCAGAUCAACUUUCAGAGGACACUUUUUAGGGGUUGCAGCAUCAUGGCUUGUCCAAGUUGGUAUUGAAAUUUACCGAUUCUUCUCUCAUUUAACAAAGCCUGAAGAAGAAAGCAAUGAUGUUGACAAAUCUGAACAAGUUAAACUUCUUGGGAAGAAGGUUACUGGAGUCACUAUCAGGUGCGGUGCAUCGCUAGUUUUUGCUUCCAUUGGUGCUGGGGUUGGUGCCACUCUUUUUCGUCCUUCAAGGGGUCAGUGGAUUGGUUGUGCUCUUGGGGAUUUGGCUGGUCCGGUUGUUGUUUCUAUUUGCCUGGAAAAAGUUCUUCACACCGACCUUUAGAGCGCUGGGGAUAAAUUAUCAUGAUGUAUUUAUUCCCCCUGCUUUAAAUUUGACUAGUUUUUAACUUUUCUUUCUCUCUAUCUGAUUAUUAUACUUGCAUGACACUCAUUGAGGCCGAUGUUAUUUUUCUUUUUACGAUAAGAGAUUUCAAAUAGUUGGUUCUGUUCUUGAGACGUUUA